AUGGCGAACGACAAGUCGGUGAUGGCAGUGAUCAGAGCCGCGAGGCCAUCAUUUCGCAAUAACAACGACAAGGUCGUCUUUGCCGUUCACGCCUCCUUCCUCGCCUCCGGCUACGUGCUCACUGCCGCUGGCCCCCCUGCUUUUUCUGAUUCUGCUCUCUCUUCGCCUUCAACUGAUGAAGUGGGUAUGGACCAGUGGAACGAGCUUGACGACGAGUACGCGUUCGUCUAUGUGAACCCAGAAAAGGGUUCGAAGAAGGUGCUGGUUAAGUGCCUUGUAAUGAACGAUAAAUUGCUUGUAGAUGCUCUGGCUGAUGGGAGUUCUGAGCCCGUCCAUCUUGAAAUCAACGUUGGUGACCAUGUUGGAGAGAAUGGGGGUAGCAAUUACUCUACACAGUUCAAGAAUUUGGAGAAACUGGUGAAGAGUUUGGAAACUCAAGUUUUGACUAAAUUAGAUGGGUCUUCCAGUGUCAGUUCCUCUAGUAACCCUUUAAGUUCAGAAAGGAAUGACAGAUCAACGAGUGAGCCUGUUUAUGGACCUUCUGGCUCCCAACCUAAUCCUUCUGGAAUGGUGUUUCCUCCAAUUAAUCCUACUGGUGGUUUUAGUGAUCUUCUUCCUGGGCCUGGUGCUGGAAUGUAUCCUACUAGGGGCGGUUUUAGCAGUGGGGGCAUGCUUCUAGGACCCAAUGAUCCUCGGUGGUUUGGUGGCGUUGGAGAGCCUGGGUUUCCAGGAGGAGAACCGGGUUUUCCUCGUUUUGAUCCCCAUAGGCCAGCGGGUGUUCCACCAGGUGCCCGUUUUGAUCCAUAUGGCCCUCCAGGAGUUCCUGGUUUUGAGCCUAAUCGGUUUGCAAGGAAUCCGCGGAGGCCAGGGAGUGGGACUCAUCCAGACCUGGAGCAUUUUGGGGGUGGCUCAGAUUUCAUUUAG